AUGGCGCAAUCAGCCGACUAUACCAACCCACAGCCCCUUCUCCACUCGCCGGAGACCCCACCGCCGCCGGCCGCCACCGCUCACACCAGCUCCCUCCUGGAGAAGGUUCUCUCCGACACAAACGUGCCCCGCGCGAAGCGUCUCCGGACGGCCACGUGGAUCGAGCUGAACCUCCUCUUCUGGCUGGCGGCCCCGGCGGUGAUGAUGUACAUGAUAAACAACGCCAUGUCCCUCGCCACCCGGAUAUUCUCCGGCCACCUCGGAAACCUCCAGUUCGCCGCCGCCUGCCUCGGCAACCAGGGCAUCCAGCUCUUCGCCUACGGCCUCCUUCUUGGAAUGGGCAGCGCGGUGGAGACGCUGUGCGGGCAGGCGUACGGUGCGCGGCGGUACGAGAUGCUUGGCGUGUACCUGCAGCGGGCCACGGUGGUGCUCCUCCUCUUCAGCCUCCCGAUUGUGGCCGUCUACCUCCUCUCCCGGCAGCUGCUCCUCCUGAUAGGCGAGGCGGAGCACGUGGCGGCGCUGGCGGCGGUGUUCGUCUACGGCCUGAUCCCGCAGGUGCUAGCGUACGCGGUCAACUUCCCGAUCCAGAAGUUUCUGCAGGCGCAGAGCAUCGUGGGGCCGAGCGCGUUGAUAUCACUCGCGGCGCUGGGGGUCCACCUGGUGGUGAGCUGGGCCGCGGUGUACAGGAUGGGUAUGGGCCUGGUGGGGGCGUCCUUGGUGCUGAGCCUGUCGUGGUGGGUUAUCGUGACGGCCCAGUUCGUGUACAUCGUGAGGAGCCCCAGGUGCAGGGACACGUGGACGGGGUUCAAGUGGGAGGCGCUGACGGGGCUGUGGGGGUUCGUCAAGCUGUCGAUUGCGUCAGCGGUGAUGCUGUGCUUGGAGACGUGGUACUUUCAGGUACUAGUCCUCAUUGCGGGCCUGCUGGAAAACCCUGAGCUCUCCCUCGAUGCGCUUGCCGUCUGCAUGUCGGUGAGCGGGCUAAUGUUCAUGAUCGCAGUCGGAUUCAAUGCCGCUGCUAGCGUGAGAGUGAGCAACGAGAUAGGAGCCGGGCACCCGAAGGGUGCGGCUUUCUCGGUGUUGGUGGUGACGGUUGUCUCCUUCAUAGUGGCGGCCAUCGAGGCAGCCAUCGUGCUGAGUCAGCGCCACGUCAUCAGUUACAUAUUCACAGGUGGCGAGACGGUGGCCCACGCCGUAGCCGAUCUUUGCCCCUUCUUGGCCGUCACACUCAUCCUAAACGGCGUUCAGCCGGUGUUAUCCGGAGUGGCUGUGGGCUGUGGAUGGCAAGCAUUUGUGGCAUAUGUAAAUGUGGGCUGUUACUAUGUGAUCGGUAUCCCAGUUGGAUGUCUUCUUGGAUUUUAUUUCAACCUUGGAGUCAAGGGAAUUUGGUCAGGCAUGAUAGGAGGAACCGCCAUGCAAACUCUCAUCUUACUAUGGGUUACAUUUCGUACGGAUUGGGAUAAAGAGGUGGAGAAUGCAAAGAAGCGUUUGGACAAGUGGGAAGAAAUCAAACAACCUCUUCUCAAGUAA